AAAAAUCAAAUUUAACCCAGGUCGCGCACAAAUCCGCCGCGCACGCACACAACCUCCACCCCCCCUCCCCUCCCCUCCCCUCCCUUCCGCAGAACCCUAGCUCUACACAUCUCUCUUCGUCGGCGAUGGCGACGGCGACGGUGGAGAACUCCGGCGACGUGGCGGCCGGGGAGAGCCGCAAGCUGUUCGUGGGUGGCAUCCCGUCCUCAGCGCAGGAGACGGAGCUGCGGGGCCACUUUGCACGCUUCGGGGUCGUGCGCUCAAUCGUCGUGAUGCGGGACAAGGAGUCGGGCCACGGCCGCGGGUUCGGGUUCGUCGAGUUCGAGGACGAAGAGGCGGCCGCCAAGGCGCUCGGCGACGGGGAGAGGCCCAAGCACUUCAUAUGCGGCCGACUGGUGGACGUUAAGAGGGCGCGUGCUAGACCUCCGCGGAACUUGGGCGAGCAACCUGCGCAUCAGCAUCAGCAUCAGGUGGAACAGGGUCUGGUUCAGGGUCACCAAGGUGCUGGGGCUGAGGCCAGUGGUGACAGUAUGAGCUAUGCUUCAAAGAAGGUAUUCGUUGGUGGUUUGCGUGACAACAUCACAGAGGAGGAGUUCAGAGCUUACUUUGAGGCGUUUGGCACGGUAACAGAUGUUGUUGUGAUAUAUGACAGCCUGACAAGCAGAUCAAGGGGUUUUGGUUUUGUCACCUUUGAUUCUGAGGAAGCUGUGAGAAAGGUGAUGGGGCAAAGCUUUCAUGACUUGAAAGGGACAAGGGUGGAAGCAAAGAUUGCUAUCCCCAAGGAUGCUCAGUAUUACCAUAAUGGCCGAGGUCGUGGCUCAAGAACCUUUGGCGGAAGGGGUCCUGUUGGCUUUGAUGGUUCAACAUACCAACCAUACAAUAAUCGACAUGGCUUCUACAAUGGCUAUAUGCCACAACCUGUUCCAACACAUCCCUACUAUCCUGGCCUCUAUUUUGGUAUGGGAGGCAAUCCCUAUGCAAAUGCAUAUCCAAACCAUGGAGUCAUGGCAAAUGUUCCAAACAUGAUGACAAGGCGUCCAGUAUAUAGCCCAUAUCCCCCAAUGUAUCCUGGCUAUGGUUUUGCAUACAGAAGUGGUUAUGCGGGUGCUGUGCCUUCUGUUCAGUAUGGCAUUAAUGGUGGCAGGGAUUACAUGAACGACCAAGACUCUAUGGAUGCACAAGAAGUUGACAGCGCUGCUACCAUUGCUACGAAGUUUGAAUACAUGAAGCUAGGUUCACAAUGACGUUCUGCAGGAUAAUUAUUUCUACACUGAUGACAGCGGAAGUUGCAACUGUGAAGACAUGAGCUGAGAUUCUUUGGUUGACAAGUAGUAUACCAUUGGAAAUUAUCAACUUACCCCCAUUCCUUGUUUCAAGUGCAUGUAGACUGAAAACAUUCAAGUUUCAACUGGCUGUUGAGCUCACAUCCCUUGUACCAAUGCUUAAAUGCUUUUAAUGUAUCAGAAUCAGAACAGUUGAUCUCGGUUCUGUAUUGGUGCUGGCAUGUAUGUAACCGGUGCCACGAUCA